ACACUGUACUGGGGGAAUGGCAAAAGUACAUAUAAUGAAAGAGAAAGAUCUCACCUAAAGCAGAAGGACUGGUCCUCCUUGUCUCCAUUCAUGUGAGCAUCAGAUCCCAAGAACAUCUGACAUCCAGAUAUUAUUACAUCCAGGAAUGAUUGCGUAGAAGAGUCAGAUACACUGAAGACAUAUCUGAAUUAAUUUGCCAACUAAUACUGAAGUUUGAGGAAUAAAUGUGCAGGAGAUGGAGAAGGCGACUUCAGUUGGACUAUGUCAUGUAUGUGUCCUCCUGACUAUAUUCAUGGCUAUGUUCCCAUGCUCACAAGGAAACUGGAUGUGGCUUGGUGUCACAUCUUUUGGGGUCCCAGAGAAGUUAGGUUGCUCCAACCUUCCCUUAAAUAUACGGCAAAAGGAUAUGUGUAAAAAGAAGCCAUAUUUGCUAUCCAGCAUUCGUGAGGGAGCCAGGCUGGGAAUUCAGGAGUGCAGAAACCAAUUCAAACAUGAAAGGUGGAACUGCUCGAUUUCACCAGCUAUGUACACGUCUAGCCCAUCAUUUUCACUCUCAUUCUUGUCAUCUUCAUUAGCAUCAGCUCAUUCAAUCUUUGGCUAUGAACUGAGCAGUGGGACCAAAGAAACAGCAUUCAUCUCCGCAGUGACAGCAGCAGGUCUUCUACACUCCAUAACCAGGUCCUGCAGUGCUGGUAAUAUGACCGAAUGUUCAUGUGAUACAAGCCUUCAGAAUGGUGGCUCAGCCAGUGAAGGAUGGCACUGGGGAGGCUGCUCAGAUAAUCUUCAGUACGGAAUGUGGUUCAGCAGGAAAUUCCUUGAUGCCCCUUUCAGAAACAUAACUGGAAAAGAGUCAGAUAUUCUUAGUGCAAUGCACUUACAUAAUAAUGAAGCUGGGAGGCUGGCAGUGGCUAAGCUGAUGACAGUCGACUGUCGCUGUCAUGGAGUCUCCGGUUCCUGUGCUGUGAAAACAUGUUGGAAAUCUAUGUCUUCAUUUGAAAAGAUUGGAAGUUACAUAAAGGACAAAUAUGAAAACAGCAUCCAGAUAUCAGAUAAGAUGAAACGGAAGGUCCGCAGGAAAGAGAAGAAUCAUCGGAAAAUACCCAUCAGGAAAGAGGACCUAGUUUACACCAACAGAUCCCCUAAUUAUUGUGUAGAAGAUCAAAAACUUGGAAUAUCUGGGACCCAUGGUCGAGAAUGCAACCGUACCUCUGAGGGACCAGACAGCUGUAAUCUACUGUGCUGCGGGAGGGGGUAUAACACACAUGUAGUCAGACAUGUGGAGAGAUGCGAGUGCAAAUUUGUGUGGUGCUGCUAUGUACGCUGCAGGCGCUGUGAAAGUAUGACGGAUGUUCAUACUUGUAAGUGAGGAGUAAAAUGAAAAAAUAUAAUGACCUAAUAUAGUUAGAAUAAAUUAAUUAUUAUCUGUAUGGUCAUCUAUGCCAAACAAAUGAUACUGGUUCUAGGUUGGUUUGAUAGGGAGUGGGUUGCAAGAUAUGUAUGACACCAUUAACUAGGAGAUCUGAAGAUGGCUAAUUAAAACUCAGAUAUCUUAAAUACUACAGAAACCAGUAUUUACUGUAGAGAGCUGGAAGAGACUAUCAGAUUCUUUUAGGAAAACUAGCACAGACAUGGUGUGGAGAUCUGGUAAGUAUUAGUUUCCUAAAUAGGGCCCAUUAUAUUCCAGAUAAUUAAAGAUUUCUAUUCAUAUUAUUAGUUUAAAAUGAGCCAUAACUUGGCAUGAGUGCUAUGCCCACAGUGCAUGGAUGCAUAUGUUGAGUAUAUGCCACGGGAAAGCUCCCAGCCCACUUAUCAAAUGUAUCCAUUCACUCAAUGGACACCAUUGGGCUGGUAUAUGACAUUUUAGCUUUACUCUAUACAAACAUGGGAGUCUUCCGUCAGAGGUAUACAUUGGGAAAUCCUCCCAAAUAGAGACGUAUGAAUCGAUUUAUACAAAUAAGUUUGCUUGAGCGGUGAGGGGCUGGCCCUGCUGCUCAAGAGGCUUUCCUCUCUCCCUCGAUUGACAGGACCAGACAUCUCAUCUGUCCCUGUCAGUCUCAAGACAGCGCCAUUGCCCCAAGUAGCGUCACAAGCGCAGGGGCUUUGCUGUUGGUACCUGAGCAGCAAGGAUGCCGACUGUACAUGGGCACGGGUGUAUAUUAGAUUACUUUUAGUAUACACAGGGCCAGAUUUACAGGACAUGCUUCCCUAGGCACUGGGAAUAUAAAAGCCUUCAUUCAGUCAAUGUGCUGCACCUUUUGUUUGCAAUAGUAUUAACUAUAAAUAACGGUGCCAUAAAAUGACAACAUAAAAAUACUACAAAUAAUAGUUUCUUUCCGUGCACCAAUGCAGUGUUCAUGUGCUCCAACACAUUAUGAUACAGUAAGCUGGAACACAAUAAGCAGCAGUGUCUAUAGGUCCCCAUUUCUGCAUAGAUAAACCUAUUGGUUGCUGCACAUCCCCCACAGGGGCGAAGCUAAAGGCUCAUGGACCCCACAUUUACCAUCACUGGCAAGAUUUGUGAUCAGGGCAUUGAGGGGCCUGGGAACUGCUCCCUCUAAGCUGGACAAUAGAGAACCACAUCAUAUUCAGUAACCAGUAACAUAUAGUGCCUUAGUACUUAAAUAUGAAGUAUCCAGCUAUAAAGGCCCAUAUAGUUUCCAGGCAAAUAGUAGCAUGCAUAUCUAAUGCAGUGAAAAAAAAAAUCGAUAUCCCUAGUGGUCUAGGUAUACUUGGUGUCCUAGAACAGUGACGGAGUACUUUCAGCAUCCCUGUUGGUCUUGGGAAAUACAAAAAUUAAAGUAAAGAUACUUGGUGGUUGAAGGCAGUGCUGUAGGGACCAUUGGUGUCUAGGACAGUGAAGGGGUUAAUGUCAGUAUAGCUGGUGGUGUAGAGCAGUAAAAGGAUUAAUUCCAGUUUCCCUGUUGGUCUAGGGCAGUGAAAGGGUAAAUGUAAUGAUUAGAGGUUUAAAGUUAAUGUUAAUAUUCCUGGUGGCGGGCAGAGAAAAGGUUAAUGCUACAUUCCUGGGAUGCAGUGGUUAUUUGCCUCUCCAGACUCAAGCAUUGACCUGGCUAUUACUUUCUAUUUCCUUCUUAGACUGAUCAUAGAGAUAAGUGCAGGGAGGUGAUAGAGAAAACUGUGCAGCUAUGACUUCUCCUGCACAGUUCUCUCUAUGAUCAGGCACAGGGAUUCAGGAGUGCUCUGCAGAAUCAACAUUAGUGUGGUGAGGGGAGCCCCUGACUUCAGAGCCCAGUUACAUCUGCAAUGGCUGAAACCCUUAUAGCUAACACCACUGUACCAUCUCCUAUGUUGCUGGCACUGGACUUCUUAUCCACUGUCCAGUAUAAAAAAUAAUUGAAAACAUAACAUAACGUCAUGCACCCACUUGCAUGAUGUAACUUAUUGUAGAACUGUCCCUAGUUUUCCACAUUGAUUCUUCACAAAAUGAAGUACAAUAUUGACUGAAAAGAAUAUUACAAUUUUUAAAACAAAUAACAAAUCCAAUAAACAAUACAAGCCAUUUUGUAUAUAUAAAUUAAAUGUUCUAUUUUAAUAAAUAAUAUUUUGUACAGUCAACAUGUGAAUAUACAUCCUAUAGGGUAUAUAUUAGGGUUUUUAUACUACUUAAACGUGUACAUUUUGUAAAUAUUUAAAUUAUACAGUUCUCGCACUGGCUAGGAGUCGGAAUGCUUAUAAGGUAGCUAUAUCUAUGUUUUGAAAUUAAGAGCAUCAAAAAUGUGCCCUUUCAACCCCGUUCGUCCAAAAAAGCACUAAAACAAGGAUAAUCAUCAUUACAUAGGUUUUUAUAUAUUGCAAAAAACAUAUAACUUU